UUGACGAGAGAAAAACAAUAAUCAAAUAACAUUUAUUUAUGAAAACGUCGUGAAUUUAAUGGAGAGCCUUUUUGGAGAAGUUGUAUCAUGAAGUAAUAAUGUAUAAAGGUAAAAGUAAUCGAUCGAAUGUGCAAAUUGUACCGCUGGAUGCGCUCUUAAAAGAAAAAGAAAACGCAACUUCGGCUAAACCUACUGCGAUUAGAUCGGCUGGAAAACUUGGCAAGUGGGGAGUGACGAGUUUUACAUCGAUCCGGACGGCAUAUAGUUUGGGGCUGCAACAUCAGAAAGACUUUAAGCCACCAGUCAGCGAACAGUUGAGCAAAUCAGAGGAGGAAUCGGACUCCGUAGAAGCCCCUAAGCCACGAAAGUUUUUCAAAAGUAGGGCGUCCAUACAAACACAAUCUCAAACACAACAAUUGCCCCAUUCGACAAACAACCAACAGCAGACAGCCGUAGUACAGCACAGCGACAGUACAGACACAGUAGUUGAUACAUCAACAACAGCCGCAGCAGCAAAACAACACAAUAAAGGCGAAAAGAAAAGCAAGAAAUUAAAGCCCGAAAUCAAGCCAGAAAGGGCUCCGGAACGCACUUCUGCACGCAAUAGAAACAAGUGUGUGAAUUACAACGAGGAUGACGCUGGUAGUUUGUCAUCUGUGGCAAAAUUGACUCAAGACACGACAAAUGGAAGCUUGAGUAAACAAGAAAGCGCGCCUAAACAGAGCAUAGGAGAAAAUUCGUCGUUGUCGACAGUAGAGCUCAAUCAACAGCUACCUGAGCAACAACCGAUCGAGCAUCCAAAAAUAGUGUUGAGAAUUUCUAAGGGAACCGCUCGCUUCGUGGACACGAGUACAAGUGAGGAAGAAACACCUUUGAUAGAAAAAAUUCCAAUAUCGUAUCCGAAGAAAAAAUUGGAUGUAGCAAAAAAACAUAAAAAAAGAAAACAUUCAAAAAUGGAUACUGAAUCAAUGGAUCAACCUCCACCUGAUCAAGUGGAAGAACUACCAGUGGUCGAUGAGCUAGAGCAAAAACUGGCUGAAAUUGUACAUGAACCCGUAGACGAGCAAAUAGAUCAAUUAGAUGUCCCUAAAAAACGUUCUCUCCGUACUCGUAUAACAAAUGCGAAAAAGGGUGAAAUCUUACCUGUGGAGCCCGUAUCAGCUGUCGAGCCCACUCCCAUCCCUAUUGUUGUUCCAAAUAAAAUGACGAACAAGAGAAAAACGGUCACAACACCGAAAAAAGUGAGCUCCACAACUAAAAAGAGUCCCGAAAAACCAGAACUCGCUACUGCAGUCAGAGCAACUCGUGCCACGAGAAAACGACGAGGAGCUAGUCCAGACAUAGAGACUGACGAUGCAAAUGUGGUGCCCAAGUCUCCCGAGAGAAAUGUCACACCAUCAGUUCCGGAGAAGAAACGACAUAUCGAUGAAAAAGCGGUAACGAUCUCCCCCAGUUCAAAAAGUCGCAAUAAGGCGUCUGUAACUUGUGUUUCCGCUGAAGCAUCUCUUCCGAAAGAGACAACUUCGACAGGACCUGUGCAAGAUGAAGUUGCGCCUCCAAGUGUUAAAUUAGUAAUUUCGAAGAAGAAAGGAAGCAUUUUCAAAAGUCGUGCUUUGGUUAAUGAGACAGGUAAUAAACGUCAUGUGUACAAGCAUAAAUGGGAGGACGAUGAUAAGGAAAAGGCAGCUGACAAGUCACCAGAGCCUGCCACUAAAAAGCCUCUAGUAACGGGCAAUCAUAGUAGUGUGUUGGAUGAAUUCGAUGACUUUGAUGGACCAAGCACAACAGAACACAACAAAAUAUCUGUAACAAAGUCGUUAGCUGAAGAAUUUGGCGAUGACAAGGAUACACAAGAGCCGCUCAAAGAGCGAAAGGGCUCAUACAUGUUUGUUCGGAAUGUUAAAAAAGCACAUCAGAUGCAAGAGAUCGGAGAGUUUCAAGAAUUGGAUGAUGACGUUGAAUACAUAUUAAGUGCUUUGCAAAAAGACAACCCAAUGUCUACACGUUGUCUCUCUGCGCUUCAGCUGGCGUCAAAAUGCAUCACGCCAGCCUUCCGUAUGCACGUUCGAGCUCAUGGAAUUGUAACAAAAUUUUUCCGUUCUUUGCGAGAUGCUCCUAGUGAUCCGAAUUUAGGUUUGUGUACCGCAACCGUUUUAUUUGUUUUGUCGCAAGACACACUUCACAUGGAUUUGGACCGUGAUUCGCUCGAAUUAAUGCUGAAUUUGUUGGACGUGAGUAAGGAAAAAAAGUGUACAGGAGCUAGUUUAAAGCAACUUCAAAAGAACAAGGAAAAGGUUCGUGAGCUGUGUGAAGAAAUAAAGAGUCACGGAAAAGCACCACAUUUAAAUUUGGAUAACAUUACGAUUGGAACGCUGGCAGUUGAGACUUUACUCUCAUUAACAUCGAAAAGAGCUGGCGAAUGGUUCAAGGAAGAGCUACGUAAUUUGGGUGGAAUUGAUCAUAUAAUGAAGACCGUUUGUGAUUGUUGCAGAGCCAUUUCUGACUACGUAGCAAAAUGGACAGAAGACUUGUUAGACAAACUUCGGAAAAUCGAGAGAUGCCUAAGGGUAUUGGAAAAUGUUACACAACAAAAUGAAGAGAACCAGAAGUAUAUUAUCAAAUAUAAUGACGGAGAUGCCAUUGAUAUUCUUGUAAAGUUUUACAAAUUAUGCGACACGGAAAUUUCUCUGUACCCAACUAACGAGACGUCAGCUAAAGAUCAUCCGGGAUGCGUAAUUCGCGAGGCCCUUACACCAACACUCAAAGUUUUAAUAAACUUAACUCACCCAUUCAAUCACAAAGCAGAGGGAAGCGUUUGUGUCGGCCAACUUCCUGGAAUUUUCGAUACAAGUCUUCACUUGUUACUACAAUCUACAAACUAUGUACCCGAAAAUUGUGUGUUCGAGAUUAGCUUUUUAGUACUGUUACUGUUAAUCAACUUGACGACACAUUCAGAACUUAAUCGAGCACUGAUAAUGCAAGCUCAUGCGCCCACAGAUUUUGGAAGUCAAUUUGCAAAAACACCAGCAAUGAAAGCUCUUGUGGAGUACUUCUACAAGGAGGAGGAACUUGCAACAUUAGCUGGGAAAAAUACAGAUGCCAUACUUGAUACACCAAAGGAAGCAGCGGAAAAAUUGAAAAAGUCGCAGGAAGAAAUGGAAGAAACUGUGACCAAGUUGUUACAAAAGGCCGGCAAUAACAUGGAGCACACAAUGUUAGCCAGUUACGUUUGCAUACUGAUUGGCCAUUUAAUAAUGGAAAACAAUGACUACAAAAAUCAAAUUCGACACUACUUGCACGACAAAAGCUUCAGUUCGCUUGCAAAUAUUCUGGAUAAGUACUACAACUUUAUGAAGUUGACUGGCAGUUCGGAAUCAUCAGUUGUAGAACACAUUAAAAGUACCAAGAAAAUCUUAGAUUACCUUAAAGAGACAGACUGAACUGACAACGACCCUAUAAACAUUAAAUGUACAUAAAACUCUAUUUGGAACUUAAAUAUCAAAAAAAAAAAAAUCGGGCAUCUGUGUUUUAAAAGUUAUUUUUUCUUUCUGUCACACAAUUAUUUUUAAAUGCUUUUAAGAUAUAUUUACUAUUUAUAAUUACUUACUUCAAAAAUCAUAAUCAGUUAUUAAAAUAAAUUUUUUAUUUAGCAUUAGUUAAUAAAUUUAGUUUUGUAAUUGUGUAAAUUUAUCAAGAUCUUUUAUAAGAGAGAAUCAUUAAGAAACCCGGACAGAACCUAUU